CCCUGGCAACGCUGUCACAAAGCUAACGGUAACCGUGUUCCUGCUAAGCCCCCCUGGAUGCUUCAGCUUUGUCAACAUGCACUUAAAUGUCCACCAAGGCUUUCUACCGUUUGAUCUCUACUUCCCCUGAAGCGUGUUAACAAAUUCACAAUGGAGUUUUUCAACGAGCCGAGCUAGCAGACCUUUUUCUCCGUCGUAGCCACAAUCAGUUGACCAGCUAACCAGAACGAGUUGUUGUUAGCUCGGUGAAUAUGGCGAUUGUGUCUGGCUCCUGUGCCAGGGUAAACGGGUCUAGAAAUGGGCCGUCUGUAUCAGCUACUCCCUCCGGAUCCGUUGGACAAGCUCAGCCCAUGAUAGCGGUGUGGGAAUGGCAGGACGACUUGGGUUACUGGCGGCCUUACAGCGGCCAAGUGAGCGCCUACAUCGAGCGGUGUCUGACACCGCGGGGCCAGAGAGGAGGAGGACCCGGCUCAACGAGCAUCUGCCUCGGACAAUCAGACCCCAGCCUGUCGCCUUAUCUCAUCGACAUACCGAGCUUAAAACAGUUUCGACAGGACACAGGAAAGACACGGUCAGUUCGACGGUCCCUGUUUGCCCAGUCCUCGGGCCUCGGCAGUGGUGUUUAUUGGGAAUGGCUCAACGAUGAAGGAGGAUGGACCCCAUAUGAGACCCGAACCUCUAUCCUUUUGGAGCACAGCUAUCAGGCCCGCCAGGGAACGGCAGACUUGGGCCCCCAUGGAUACAAUUACAUAGUGGAUCUCACCUCCUUGGCCCAAGUUAACAAAGCGACGGGCUUCAGACGGCAGGUCAGACGGCAGUGUAACCUACCCUACCCACUGGCCUCCGCCGGCCCCCCGGCCAUCCCCUCGGGCCCUGCCUGCUCCUGCCAGCAGUGUUUGAGCCACAGCAGCACAGGACCCAUGCCCAGCCGUUCACGACAUUCCUUUUCGUCGGGCAGUCUGAACCGGCCCAGUCUGCAGGGGACAGGAAGGGCUGCAGCUGCUCACCCCACAUCUGUGUACUCGCCGUACCCCAGGAGACCCCUCUCUGUGGGGGGGAUGUCCUGGGGCAGCCCCUGGCCUCCACCACCCUCUGGUAGUCAACUGUCCACACCACUACUGACCAGCUCAACCAGUACAAAUGGGUUAAGUGUUCCUUCCAUCUCUGUGCAGCUGAAUGGAUCGACCAGUGUAAGCUCUGCCCUGGCAGGCAUGGCCUCCAUUUUGAUGUCAGCAGUGGGACUCGGCGUGCACUUCACCACUGCCCCCCUCCCUCAGCAGCAGCAGCAGCAACAACAGCAGCCGCAGCAGCAACCUGCUCCUUUCUCUCUUCCUCCUCCUCUCCUCCCCCCAGCCAGCAGGCCCAGCAAGCCCCACAGCAGCAGCAGCAGCAGCAGCAGCAGCAGCAGUACAGUUAGGAGAGCAAAGAGGCAGCACAGGAGAGCCUCAGCUCAGAGACCCGAGGAGGUGAUUCAGCGCUACAUGGAGGUAGUUGCCGGAGCACCAGAUGAGGACUGCAUUAUCUGCAUGGAUCAACUGUCCAAUCCGUCCGGCUACGAGACACCGUCCACAGAGGAGGGAGGCCAGAGCAUCCUGCCAGACACUGUGGGGAAAUUCAUCAAAUGUGGACACACCCUGCAUAUGCUCUGCAUGCUGGCCAUGUACAACAACGGAACGAAGGACGGCAGUCUGCAGUGCCCCUCGUGUAAGACAAUCUACGGAGAGAAGACCGGCACGCAGCCCAAAGGCAAGAUGGAAAUUUACAGCAUCGCCCAGUCGCUGCCAGGCCACCCAGACUGUGGCACCAUCCAGAUCAUCUACAGCAUACCACCUGGCAUACAGGGUCCCGAACACCCGAACCCGGGACAGCCGUACACCUGUAGAGGCUUCCCUCGCUUCUGUUUUCUACCAGACAACGACAAGGGCCGGAAGGUGCUGGAGCUGCUGAAGGUGGCGUGGAUGCGACGCCUCAUCUUCACCGUGGGAACGUCCAGCACCACGGGAGAGCCCGACACGGUGGUGUGGAACGGCAUCCACCACAAAACCGAGAUGAUGUCCAACCUGUCGGGCCACGGCUACCCCGACCCCAACUAUUUGGACAAUGUUCUGUCUGAGCUGGCCUCUCAGGGCGUGACAGAGGACUGCUUCAAACCUCCGAGCGGCGGCGGCGGCGGCGGCGGCGGCGGCAGCAGCUAGGUCACGGCUCCGAGCCUCGCACACUUCCACUCACUGCUGAGUUCAAACCCACCUCUGUGGCCGCGCGGAGCUCCCGCACCCUCUGUCUGUUCUUCAGUUCAUUCAGCAUCUACCCAAACCUCAUGGAGUGAGCAAAGGGGGAGAAGUGAGCUGAAAAAAAAAGGUCUCGAGGCCUCUUUGGAAACGGUUUCUGCUCCACUACGUUCCUGCUCAUCACAUAUUCCACGAGACUGAACUCAGAGAAAAGUGGAGCUCCUCGAACUCUGAGCCUCUUUUAUCAAACCUCCACAAACCGGAGAUUGUGUUUUUUUGCUUUCUUUUUUUCCAUCAAGAGCCUCAUCUGAAUCCCCGUGUCCGGCUGCCAUGACAAUGGCAGCUCGCAUUGGGGAUAAAAAUCUCUCUCAUUAAGCACUUUAGUUCUGACAGUGCAUUUAGCCGACAAUGUGUGAUUUCCCGGUAAAGGGCAGUGAACUUGUUUUCAAAUUGGGAAGUUAUGCAAUUAACGUGUUUCUGCUGAAAACCUUUGUGUUUGACACAAAGUCACACUGAAACCUCUAGUAGCAAAGUGAAUAUACUAUAUUAGCCUAUUUGAUGAGAAGAGGCAAUACUUAACUGAUGUAAAUAAUAAUUAAAAAAAAAGAAAAAAACGUGAAUGAAACAAAAAAAAUAUUGUACAAAAAACAACAAACGUGUCCACAAAUGCCAGUCGAGGAGAAUAAAGUCGUGUAUUUUUUAACAUUUUAACACUAAUUCUGAUUUGAUCAUCUGUUGUUAUGUUUUACUCCCUAACCUAAUUUGAUAAGCCGAUGUCUGAUGCACUCACAUGGUGAUUUUUCAUGUUUUGGAUUUGCAGUAACUGUGCCCGCCGGCAUUCUGCAGACAUUGUUUUCCUCACUUAGUACGUUAAAGUUUGUGUGAAGGGACAAAGGUUAACAUCGUAUAUAGCUUGAAGACCUCAAUCCUUUUGUCCGAAUGGACGGGAAGGACCGCGGAGAUAUUAAGGAAAAAAAAAAAAAAGACACUCCGGUUAAGAAAAUUUUACAGUGUGACAAUCAAAGGUCAUCGAACUCGUCUUGAUUAAACAAGACACUUGAAGCCGCGGAGGGCAUGAUAAUGUUCCCGCCGGCUGCAAACUCACCUCCUGUAUUCACAUGCAUUAUUCUGCUCACAGUACUGCAGUACAGUCGCUGAACUGAGUCUUGACAUGUAUACAAGCAAAACUGAAAAAAGUCUCUGCAAUAAAGAAAUAAGGCAAAAUGAA